AUGUACCCAUUUCAAAAAGGCUCGUAUAACAAGAUUUUUACGCUCGGUUUCGAUAAUGGACGAGAAGUUAUCGCACGUAUCCCUUGUCCUCUAGCUGGACCGCCCUUCCUUACCACAGCUAGCGAGGUGGCCACGAUGGAAUUCGUAAGAGAUGUACUCGGAAUCCCCGCUCCUCGCGUUUAUGCAUGGAGUGCUCGCGCGUAUGAGAAUCCUGUAGGUGCUGAGUACAUUAUCAUGGAGAAAAUAUCGGGUGUGGAAUCCCGUUAUCGAUGGACGAAGCUUGCGAAAGGCGCCGAAGUCUUUCCCCUGAUAUAUGGCGUGUUCGACAUAGAGCGCAGCUUCGAGAGCGCACCCUUCUCCCAAUUUGGCAGCCUUUACUUCAAGGACGAUGUGGAUGGCGAGCUGCGAGAUCGACCUCUAUUUCUCCCGGACAGCCUUCCAGAUAAUGAUCCUGAGCUCCUGGAGAAGCUUAAAGCUGCGGGCGAAAAGUAUCGCAUUGGCCUGAUCGCCGAUCGUCAGUGGUGGCGGGCAGAACGGGCGGAUAUGGCUACUGACCAUGGCCCUUGGCCUGAUAUGUCCUCAUUUCUUCUUGCGGCCACAAAUCUGGAACGCGAGUGGCUUCAUCGCUAUGCUUCUCAGGGCGUCUCUGCACGGACACAUCGCUGA